AUGGGUUCUACGCCAAAUAAUUCAGCUAGCCGCUCAUUUCUGGCGGACGAUAAUAAUCUUGAUAAUAGGUGUAUGCAGGUAUUUAACGAUAUCAGUGUAUUAUCUUGGAAUGUUCGUGGUUUAGUCAACAAGUUCUCUCAGAGACAGUUGAAGGACCUCCUGUUUCUUCACAGACCGACUUUCUGUUUUGUCAUGGAACCACAAUGCCUCUUUGAGAGGCAUGCUGUCUGGUUACAUUACAGUGGGUAUGACCGCGUGGCUAUAGCGGAAGCGACGGGUAGAAGUGGUGGUAUUUGGCUACUCCAGAGAAGAGGACACUCAUUCACGGUUUCGGUUCUUCACAUCUCGACCAGGACUAUAUCUAUUAAUGUCGGACGAGGUGGCUGUAAUUGGGCACUUACAGGGAUCUACGCCUCACCCUCUUUUCGAGAAAGGCUCAGCGACUGGGACAACCUGAAGGCGGCUCGAAUGACUUGUGUAGGGUCAUGGUGCGUCAUAGGUGACUGGAACGAGGUUUCUGGCCCAUCCCAAUCCACUGGAUGCUCUUUCUCACAACAUCGUGCGGAUGUUCUUAAUGAAGCCCUCCAACAUUGCGAUUUGACGGUUAUACAAAGCAUUGGCACGCCUUUUACUUGGCGAAGAUCAUCCACGGGAGCUAAUAUAUAUUCUCAGAAAUGCCUGGACUAUGCCGCAGCAGAUACAGAAUGGUUGGCCAAUUUUCCUUUUGGGACAGUGGAGACAUUAAAUAGAGGAAAUAGUGAUCAUAAUCCUCUCAUAUUGCAUUGCCAUCGCAAACCUAACAUCCAGGGACUUCCCCAACCGCCUUUCCGUUGGCAUGAGGCUUGGGCAGACCACCCCGAUUAUUUAAAGGUUAUUACUGAUAAGUGGCGUCUGGGUAAUGGAGACUUCUUGCACAACAUGAAUUCCAUCAGGGAAGCCUCCAUUUCGUUCAAUCGGACAUGCUUUGGGAAUAUUGGGGCUCGAAAGCGCAAGAUCCAAAGAAGAUUGCUGGGAAUCCAACGCAUCCAAACCAGGGUUGAUUCGGCUCGGCUCGCAAUUCUUGAGAGGCAGCUCCUUUCAGAAUAUAACUCCAUCCUUCACCAGGAGGAACUCAUCUGGUUCCAGAAAUCCCGGGAAAAAAUUCUAUUACACGGGGAUCGUAAUACGCGCUUCUUCCAAACAGCUGCCAAGAUCCACAAAAAUAAGUCGACCAUUCACGGGCUCCAAAUUAACAAUGUCUGGACUACAGAAGAUGCAAUUCUCAGAGGGCAUGCCAUCGAUCAUUUUGAGAGUCGGUUUUCAGAUAGUUCCAUCACCCUCGCGGGCUGCGAAUACACGGAACCCCUUGCGCCCCCUGAUCCCGACACAGAGAUAUCGGUUUCACAGUCAGUCUCUAACAUGGAAAUCACGCAGGCGAUCGAUUCUUGCCCUCCUUAUUCAGCCCCGGGUCCAGAUGGCUUCCCUACUAUUUUUUUCAAAAAAUACUGGCACCACAUUGGCCCGGACACAUGUGAUUUUAUCCGCACUUUCUUCGCAAAUGGGCGUUUGACGCCUAAUCUCGGAUUCUCAUACCUUUGCCUGAUCCCAAAGAUUGCCACGCCGCUAACUAUUAAAGACUACAGGCCUAUCAGUCUUUGCAACGUCGUCUACAAGUUUGUAACCAAGGUGAUUCUAUAUCGUCUGAGACCAAUUCUGAUAGACUACAUAGGUCCGGAGCAAUCAGCGUUUCUUCCCGGUAGAGGAACUGCAAACAAUGCUAUUGUUCUCCAUGAGAUCCUUUACAAAUUUAAGCAGCGCCAGCGGGGUUGUGAGUUUGCUAUUAAAAUCGAUUUAGACAAGGCCUACGACCGGGUGAGGUGGAAAUUUCUUCGUGAUUCGCUUACUCAAAUGGGAUUGGACACACUCUCGGUUUCUCUCAUCAUGGAAUGUGUGACGUCCGCUCACUUUGCUAUUCUUUGGAAUGGCCGACCUUCAGUGGACAUCUACCCUUCUCGGGGUCUUCGUCAAGGGGAUCCACUUUCCCCAUACUUGUUCGUUAUCGUAAUGGAGAGACUCACUAGAACCAUCAAUCGGGAGGUCAGCGCGAGAAAUUGGGAUCCGAUUGUGUUGUCUAGGGGUGGCCCAGUUCUCAGCCAUUUGUUAUUUGCGGACGAUGUUAUCCUUAUGGCCCAAGCUAAUGUGGCCACGGUCCAAACAGUAAAUACAGUUCUCAAAGCAUUUACGGAGGAAGCGGGUCUGGCAAUCAACUUGAACAAGUCUCAAAUCAUUUUUUCAGCGGCGACUCCAGAAAGAAAGCGUAAUCGGAUUUGUCACCAGUUAUCCAUUCCCUCGACGGAGUCUUUUGAGAAUUACUUGGGCUUCCCUAUCAUUGCUGGGAGACGGAAGCUAUCUCACUUUGAAUUCAUUAUUGAACACAUCUCUCGGCGCCUGCCCCCGUGGCGUGCUAAAUUCCUCAACAAGGCGGCCGGACUACUCUAG